AUGGGUACUUGGUGGCAUAGAGAAACAUACUUAGCCACUUUUUCAGCUACACUUCUCACUCAGCUGCACCCUACACUUCUCACUCAGGUGCACCCCCUUCUGCUGUCCUUUCCCCAACGUACUGGGUCCCGAGCGUGGUGGGUAUUUGCCACACUGGGUGCCAGCUCAGCAGCCCUCCACCUCUCUUUAUUCUCUCCAAAGCUGGUCUUUCUGACUAUCAUUGUGGUAGGGGGAGGACAGAUGCUAAAGGUGGAAGCUGACCUGGAGAAAGAGACACACGGGGUGACUGUGGCAAAGGACAGCUGGAAAAGAAACUAUCACUUCUUCAUUGGCAACCGCAAGGCGCCCGAGGCCACGGCACUCCCAGAGGCUGUGCGCAGAGCCAAGCCUCUCAACCUCUUCUGGCCCUGCGUCCUGCAGCGAAGUCUCUGCUGUAAGACGGUAGACUCCUUCGAUGAGGUGCUCAAAAAUGCUACCCGGGGUGGUGGGGUCUGGCUUGCAGUCUGGCCCAAUUCAGAGAAAGUUGCAGAGAUCAGGGGCCAAGGAUGUCAUAGCCCCAGGUUGUCCUCAGGGUCCCAGUCCUAGGGCAGGGUGUGCAUGGAAGCAAGAACUAUGGAAACCUAGCUCCAGUCUGCAGGCUCUGAGCCCCUAGUUCCUCACUCCAGCGGGGCUCCCUCACUGCACAGAACCCAUCCCUUCUGUGUGGGCACUGCUGACCACACAGAUGACCCAGACCCAAAGAGCCUGGCAGAAGCUCUGUGGUUGGAGUUGGGCUCUGUCUCCAGGUCUGGUUCAGGGGGAUCAGGAAGCCUCUUUUCCACCUGUGGCUUCACUGGCCCUUUGAGAUUUCCUAUCUCACCAUUACUUCAGUUACCCUUGCAGGGGGCCAGGGAGUCAAGAAUAUACCUGUGUUCUCCCUCCAGGAUCUAAGCCGGCCAUGCCUUCCAGAGAGCAUAACCAACUCGACAGGGGUGCCCAGUUACCCCACAAACUGAAGGAAGGAGAUCCUGCCCCCGUCCCCAGGAGUGCUCUCAACCAGCCUCAGAAAGCUUGAGAAGAUGGACCCUUUGCCCACCAGGGUUAAUUCCUGGUGGGGCAGCUCGGCUGUGAUCAGGGCACCCAAACCUAUAGGAAGCCUUCCAGUGUGAGCUGGAAUUAGACUGAACAUGUGCUUGGGCCUGCCUCUCCCUAGACCCAGCUGCGGGGCACUCCAGGGAAUGAACCAGCUCAAGUGUGUCUCUUAACAGCAGCCUGGAGCUACCCCAAUCCCUCACAGCCUGACCCUCCUCAUUCCAUCAGAUGCAUUUGUAGAAUCGCGGCAAAUUUCCUUAUUUAUUUAUGGCCCAUGCCUUUCCCCCUCUUCAUCCUGAUCCCGUUUUGCUUUGAAGAGACCCCAGUAACCAAAAAACAGCCUCCAGAAGCCAAAACCAUGCCUGGAUCUCCCAUAGCUUCUCCUUUGCUUCCAGGAGAAAGUUCACUGAAAAAAAAAAAUAUCUUCUGGCUUCUUGUGUAUACAGAGACAACAGAACUCGGUGGGGAAACAGGAAUCUUUUCUGCACCAAAGCUGCUUCUAAAGCAGAAAGCAGUGGGGCUCUUGGUGUUUCAUGCUGCCUUAUUUAUAUUAAAGGAAGAAUUAAAUCUUGCAAGGAGUAGAAA